AUGUACGGUCUUUCACUCGGCAUCCAGCAGAUAGAAGAUACUCUCCCUGAUCCUGUGUAUGCUCUAUUGUCUGGUCUAAAUGCUGCAACUGUUGGUAUCAUUGCACUUGCUGCAGUUCAGUUAUCGGAAAAGGCAAUUACGGAUCGUUUAACUCGAGUGCUUGUUAUUUUUGGUGGCUGCGCUGGUCUUUGUUAUAAUGCCUUGUGGUAUUUUCCAGUAUUGAUGGUAACUGGGGGCCUCACAACACUUUUAUGGGACCUAUACGGUCGACGAACAGUCACCACAUUGCGGGCCAAACUGGCUGGCCGCCGACACAGUUCCCCCCCGGACACAGAAGAAAUUAAUGUGCAGAGUAUCCCAGUCAGCCAGCUUCAGCCAUCUUCUGUUGCUCAGAGACGAGCAAUUGCCUCCCAAGCAAGCACAAAUCCUCAAGACUCUCUUACAAUCCCACAUGUUGAGCCCGGAGUUGGUCACCAAGAAAGAGAGACCACGGAUACUCUUUCCCAUGCUAUACCCUUAAAAGUCGGGUUAACCAUUAUAGUUGGAUUUUUUGCUUCUUUCAUUGCGAUCCUCAUUGCCCGCGGGAUUACAAACCAUCCUCCCUUGGAGUUGGAUCUUUUUGCAAGCAUGUAUCUUGCUGGCACUGUUAUUUUUGGUGGCGGACCAGUCGUUAUUCCUCUCCUUCGGGAAUAUGUUGUUCAACCUGGCUGGGUCUCUUCUCGUGAUUUUCUGAUUGGCCUUGCAAUUAUUCAAGCCUUUCCGGGUCCAAAUUUCAAUUUCGCCGUCUACUUGGGCGCGCUUGCUGUCGCGUCAAUUUCGAAGCCCACGAUUAUCGGCGCUUUUCUUGCUUUUCUUGGCCUUUUCUUGCCCGGGCUUUUGCUCACAGUUGGCUUUCAAAGCAUAUGGAGAAUCCUUCGAACCAAACCCGUCACCACCAGUAUUUUGAGAGGGCUUAAUUCUACCGCCGUUGGACUGAUUUUCACUGCUGUUUACCGGCUGUGGGAGAUUGGGUAUCUAAGCUCCGACACCACAAAUGGACAGAGUUUAGGUAACAAUCCAUUUUGGCUGGUGGUUGCGACUAUAGCUUACUCAUGUACUGGAUGGUUCAAAACACCACCAGCAGCGGCCAUUGUAUUAGGAGGCGUCUUGGGAUUAUGCUGUAGCAAGCUUCUUCCCUUCGUUCUAUACCGGUCUCGUUGCUCGCUCCCGGAGAGAGAGAGCCUUAUCAUCACCAUGGCUUCGCAAGGUGUCAAUGUUCUGCGAUACUCUGCCCUCCUCGGUGGCCUUUUCUACGGUGUCUGGCACCAGUCCACCUUGAACACUCAAGCCAAGGACGCUGAGAAGGACCGAGAAUACAAGCACAAGGAAUCGUUGAUACAACAGGCCAAGGCCGAAUGGCUCCGGAAAAACCCACCGCCACCAAAGAACACAGGACUCAUCACAGACCCCGAGGACCCUCGAUUCGACUUCGAGGCAUUCCUUGUUGCGAAGGCGGCCGAGAAAUAG